GUGGAAGAGGAAGUGAGCCCAUUUACCACCACUCCCAUUGACCCAUUAGAAGAUUUUGUGCUUUCGGUCUUUGCUACUGAUGAGGAACACUUUCUUGCUAGAAGACACAGAAAGACUCCCCAAGAACUACAGAUUAUGGCUGCCAUGAGGAUGCCUCGGAGUCCUCUGUCCCAGGAUCAGCAGGCAAAAAGAAGUUUCACCACACUGGUAGAGGCCCUGUUUUUCCUAACUGAAGUUUUAAGGGUUUUAAAAUUCUCAGUCCUUCACUGAAUGAGGCUUGCAUUAGUCACUAUCCAAGACUUAGAUCCAAUGAAGUUCUGACCAUGGGACUGUCACUUUGGAAAAUGGCCACUGGGCUCCUGCCAUACUCAGGUAAGGCUUAGAUUUCCUCUAAGUCCCUUUGUCUGCAUCUCAGAGGACUGAGUUUCUGCUUUGAGACUUUUGAGUGUCUUGCUCUGUCUUACCCUGCCCCUGGGGCCAGAAACCCUGACCUGAUCUCCAUCUUUGUAUCUUGGGGCCUGGGGCUCAUCAGUAUGUGGACAGGAUUUCUGAAUAAAGAAGUAUCAGGCUACUAUCUGCCUGGAGUCCUACUUUUUGUGCUCUACUCACUGUGUACAAUCUGUUUUCUGUGGGCUCCAGUGCCAUUACUUAAAUUGUGCCCUGUGAAGGUUUGGCAUAACCCACCAUCUAGUCCCCCAGGGGCCUGAAGUUCAGCUGCAGUUCUGCAGUAGUGAUGACUCAUGAGAGAAUCAGCCUUCCUCCCCAUGUUACACUUGCUUUGUGUGGCCAUGGAGUAGGGUCAUGACUCCCACUCGAAUCUAAGAUGUUCAUCCCUGUUCUAGUGCUGCCACCAUUACUGAAAAUGUUCUUGGUAUUUGAAGGCCUGUAUAUAGCACAAUCCUUCCAACAUCUUCAAAGGUAACACUUAUUUAUAUGAAUAAUAAUUUGAUAUUCCCUCCCACUGACAACAAUUUCCUUAUUAUCUGAGGGAUGUUGGUGGUUAAAACACCAAGAUAUGACCAUACAGUAAUAAGACACUGCAUUUUUUUCCCCUCCAUAAAAAUGAGAAUAAUUCCAAAAAGUGGCAUCCCAGGGAUUUUCUGAACAAUGACAGUAUCACUGGAAAAAUAUAACCUUCCAAGACGACAUAUUUGAAGGGCUGCAGUCAUUUGAAUUUGCAAUUUUAGAUAAAGCGAUUGAACCUUUUAUCACUGAAAGUUUUUGUUUUGUUUUGCUUUUUAACUAUAAUGAGUUGUGGGAAGCCAGUCAGCCUUACAUUUCCUUGGAAUUCUCUUUGUGACAUAGUGGAGCAUCACCUUGAAUGUAGGGCCCCAAGAAGAACUUCUCUUUCUCUUGCUUCCUUCUGCCAGGGAAGAGGCUGGCAUGGUUAGGAGCCUUCAACUGCACUCCCAUAGCACAUCAAAAGAUACUUUUAAGUAGGAAUUCUGACAUUAUUCUGGCCAGAUAAUUUUAAAAAUGCUUAGGGUUAGUUCUUAAAUUUUCUGUCUUUGUAUGCUAAGUAUCGUGUCUAAUUUAUAUUACUGAAUAUCCGAUUCUGACAGAUUUUCCCCAUGACACCUGAAGUCCAUGUUCAACUGAGAGUGAUCUGUUUGAAUGACCUGCAUGGUAUGUCUUGAAUGAUUUCUGUCAAGUUGGAAACCAAGGACAUACACUUAGAGAAUGCAAAGUCUACAGAUGAUAUGAAGCCAGGCCUAACCAUCUGCCUGAUUCUCUUAGAUGGGCAUGGAAGCUGGGCUCUAUGUAUGUGUCGGACAAAGACUGCAGACCCUGGGUUUUCAUUUCAGUGCAUUACUCUUACUGCCUUCAGCAGGCCCUGAUGUGCUCAGACCUGAACACUGCUCCCAUAAAGCCAUGGCUUGCUUUGGAUUCCGGAGGCAUGGGGCUCAGCUGGACCUGGCUUCUAGGACCUGGCCCUGCACUGCUCUGUUUUCUCUUCUCUUUAUCCCCGUCUUCUCCAAAGGGAUGCAUGUGGCCCAGCCUGCAGUGGUGCUGGCCAGCAGCCGAGGUGUCGCCAGCUUCGUGUGUGAAUAUGGGUCUUCAGGCAAUGCCGCCGAAGUCCGAGUGACUGUGCUGAGGCAGACUGGCAGCCAGAUGACUGAAGUCUGUGCUGCGACAUACACAGUGGAGAAUGAGUUGGCCUUCCUAGAUGAUUCCACCUGCACUGGCAUCUCCAGUGGAAACAAAGUGAACCUCACCAUCCAAGGGUUGAGGGCCAUGGACACGGGACUCUACAUCUGCAAGGUGGAGCUCAUGUACCCACCACCCUACUAUGCAGGCAUGGGCAAUGGAACCCAGAUUUAUGUCAUCGAUCCUGAACCUUGCCCAGAUUCUGACUUCCUCCUCUGGAUCCUCGCAGCAGUCAGUUCAGGAUUGUUUUUUUAUAGCUUCCUUAUCACAGCUGUUUCUUUGAGCAAAAUGCUAAAGAAAAGAAGCCCUCUUACUACAGGGGUCUAUGUGAAAAUGCCCCCAACAGAGCCAGAAUGUGAAAAGCAAUUUCAGCCUUAUUUUAUUCCCAUCAAUUGACACACCGUUAUGAAGAAGGAAGAACAUUGUCCAAUUUCUAAGAGCUGAGGCAAUUCUAACUUUUUGCUAUCCAGCUAUGUUGCUUAUUUGUGUAUUUUGGGGGGGGAUUCAUCUCUCUUUAAUAUAAAGCUGGAUGCAAAAUCCAGAUGAAGUGUACUACAAUUUGAAGCAAAGGUGCAGGAAAACAGAGCCAGGAUGUUUCUGUCACAUCAGAUCCAAUUUUAGUAAAAGCAUCACUCGGGAGCAAUAUAGGGAUGCAGUCUUAUGUUGUAGGUGAAGGAUAUGGGUUAGGGGGUGGUGCUGUCCAAAGAAUACAAAGGAAGAGAGUUAGGGAGAAUAUGAUAUUGUACACACUUUCUAUUUACACAUGAGAAGUUUAUAGCUGAAGUGAUGUUUUCAAGUUAAAGUUUUGUGCUGUUAUUUUUCUUAAAUGUGGAAUUACAUGAAGACUUUAAAAAUACUCACGUGGCUAUAUUUUAGCCAGUGAUUCCAAAGGUUGUAUUGUACCAAUAUGUAUUUUUUUUAUUUGAUAGUAUUGUGCAUGGGGGCCACAUGUGCUUUUGUGUAUUUGCUGAUGGUUUUAAUAUAAACACUAUAUGGCAGUGUCUUCCCACCAUGGGUUCAGGGGAAGUUUAAUGGAGGGGCUCAGGACACUAAUACACCAGGUAGAAUACAAAGUCACUUGGUAACUGGCUUGGAAACUGGCUGAGGUCAUAACUGAUUCUUAUAGACACGUUGAGCUGAAUUGGUGUUGACAUGUGCUUUGGGCUUUUAUGUUAGCUCCUUUCAAAGGUUUGCAAGGGAGUCCAGACUGGUGUAUCUGAUGUAACUCAAUAGAACACCAACCUCAAGAAAAUGGCUCACUCCAGGGGUCUUGUAGGUAUGAACUUCAAGGAAGCUCUAGUUUCACAAGGGCCCCAAUUCCUAACACAUGGUUCAUGCCAUGGACAGAAAAAAGCAGCAGGUGGCAGAACGGGGUGAUGAAAGUUUCUAAAAACUAACACUGUUGGUGUUUUUUAACUCAUUAUUUUCCAUGAAAAUGCAACAACAUGUAUAAUAUUUUUAAUUAAAUAAAAAUCUGUGGUGGUCA